GCUGAUAACAAUUUGUAAACACUUGAGGAAAAUCUUAAAUCAGGGAAAGAUAAAAACUUAACUAAAAUAAGAAAUUCUGAACUUUAGGAUAUGGCAGACUUUUAACUACGAUGCGCAAGUAUUAUAUUGCGAAAUAAAAUACAAACAUGGCGGUGUAUGCGGCGCACUUAACGCGUACUUUGCAAGGGACUCCCUCGGUGUUCCAAGUGACUGCACAGGAAGCCCUAGGGUCUACAGUUAAACCAGCUCUAAGAAAACUUAUAGAGUACCUUGCAGCUGUGUACCCAAACAAAUGUGGAUGGUGUGAGCGAUGGUACAAUGAGUUGUACCUGCUGUUUGAUCUGUGCCUGCAGUACCACUACUUGAAACAUUAUGCUGCGUCAUUUUCCGAGUGUUUCUACGGACUGCACAGAGUGCCAAUAUCCCCCAGUACCGAGUUCAGUUCUGGAACUCGUUUGCCUCAGGCCUUGGAGCAAGGCUCACUUGCUCUGCUAGUGCUAGCUCCUUAUCUGAGGGAUAAGUGUGAGCAGCUGGUCAACAGGUGGCGAGAGGAUCUGGAGGAUGGGAGACUAGGUAAGACCAAAGCAGACCAAGCUCGCAAAGCAGCAGUCAAGCUAUACUCCAUAGUACACUUCGUGACAGAAUCAACUAGGCUGCUGGUUCUAGCGCGCUACCUUACUGGCAAGGGCGAGGCACCUUCCCUUUCCUUACAUCUAUUGGGCUUGACGUUAAGGGACGCUCCACCAGAGGAACCUGAUGAGAAUACUUGGGCAGACUUCUUUAGGAGUGUGUUUAAUGGACAGUUUGGAAGUGCAGUGGUGACCUUUCCAAUGGUCUGGCGUGUAGCCAGCAACGCAGUGGAGUACGGGGCAUUUGCAGUACAAUUACUGAGAUGGUGGGAUGCCAGAGCACCGCUGGCAUUGUCUGCUUUACCAGCGCCACCACCACCUCAGAAAGAUGAACGUGAUAGUCGGUGGCGAAAUGUAUGCCCCGUGUGUUUACAGCGAUGGAAAGUGCCUACCGUAUUACCUGUUUCCGGGUAUGUGUUCUGCUACACUUGUAUAUCUCGUCACGUGCGCAACUCUAGCACGUGCCCCGUCACCCGACUGCCGGCCAGCGAGCGAUCUCUGGUACGACUCUACCUCGAUACGUAACCAUGUGAACUUUUAUAGUGUGAGAGAAUAUUUCCAUAAUAUACAGGGUGUAACUACAACGCUAGCAAAAAUGAAGACAGGUGAUAGUACUGAUGAUUACUGAUAAGAUUAAAAAAAAAGAAGAAAAAUCCUGUAUUUUUUUAAAAGUUACAGUGUAUUGCAAAUAAAACAUCUGACUGACGCUACAGGUCAAAGAUCGUUCCGUAAAUACGUCACUCGAAGUUGAUGCCGCGUCGUAGGUGGGGCAUUGACUCGAAAUCUAUGAGAAUAAAGAUGUGAGAAAACCUAUUUAUUAUAAAAUGUAUAACAUUUA